UUCUAAAAAAACUUUUUGACAAACAAUAUAUUUGAAAAUGUCUAUAUUAUAAAAUAUCUACAUUUGUCGAAGAUUUAUAUCUAGUCAAAUGAAUCGCUUUGUAAAUACACCAAACAAAUCACCUAAUGUAACAGUAGAAAUGGAGGAGUAGGCUUCUCCACACUAUGUUUUAUGUUUUAUCAUGUGUUGUUGAUAAAAGUUUAGAAAUGAGAGGUAGAUGCAAUGAUAUUGAUUUAUAAAAUUGUGAUCCAAUAAAAGUGUGAGAUAUUUUGCUAUGUUUACUUCUAACGCUUAGACACGCUUAAAUGACGCCUAAACGUGCUAGACGCAAGGCAGAACCUUAACUUUCGCCUUACGUCUAGCAUUUUCUUGAACAUUAGGAAAUAGUAGUGAAAAGAGGACAAAAUGGAGCAACAAAAGAUGACCACAUUCUUGUCAAAAAAAGAUGACCACAUAGACUGGGCAUUAUCGGCCGCAUUUCAUCAGUUCGGUUAGGCAUAAAAAGGUAAAAAGAGAAAGUCGUUGAAUGAGAGACACAGGACGAGGAGGGAGGAUAGGGGUAGUUUGGGGAAGAGUGUGCUCAAAGUACUUUUGGCCAUUUUUACCAAUAAACAAGCAACAUUAGUUAGUUACUUCACAGCCUCAGGACAGCAGCACCAGGAAGCAAAGCAACAACAAUAGUAGGAAUAGGAAGGUAUUGAAUUGAAGGCUGGAAGUGGGUGGUGGACUGGUGAGGAGGAAGAACAAAGUUAGAUAUCAAGGAAGUGAGUGAGUGAAUGAAAAGGAAAAUGAUAGUGGCUGUUGGUGUCGUUGCUGUUGUUACAGUUGCCUGCCCCUGCAGCCUUACUCCUACUACUUCUCUUCCCCCUUUCUUCUUCUUCUUCUUCUUCUGCCUGUAAUUCAAUCUUUCCCCUUCUCCCUCUCCGUAUAUCUACAUUCUAAAUUUCUACACACUCCUCUCAAAUCCUAUAUUCUUAAUUUCCCUCAACUACCCCUAUCACUUUCUACACCUCUCUCUCUCCCUCCUCCCUUUUUCACAUUGCCUCUCUUUUUCCUCUUCCUAGAAAUUACCCACUUCCCAAAAUUUCCCCGUUCUUUAGCUGCUGCUCUUACUCUCUUCUUCCCCUACUUCUUGUUUUUCACAUUUUCGGUCUGAAUUCAGGACAAGGGUCUGGUGAUUAUUCACUAAAGUUGCAAACUUUAUGGUCUGGGUUCACUGCUACUUGAAUUUUCUGCCGCUCUAGCAUUUGGGAGUCUGUAAUGGACACUCCGCCGUCUCCUUCUCCUGUUUCUUCUCCCAGCGGUGUAGGAGGGGAGGAUUGUUGUGUGAAAGUAGCAGUACACGUCAGACCGCUCAUCGCCGACGAGAAAGCUCAAGGAUGUAAAGAUUGCGUCACUGUCGUCCCUGGGAAACCUCAGGUUCAAAUAGGCACACAUUCGUUUACAUUUGAUCAUGUCUAUGGGAGCAUGGGUUCACCUUCGACGGCCAUGUUCGAGGAAUGUGUUGCUCCAUUGGUUGAUGGCUUGUUCCAGGGUUACAAUGCUACAGUCCUUGCCUAUGGUCAGACGGGAUCCGGAAAGACAUAUACAAUGGGUACAGGAUUCAAAGAUGGUUACCAAGCUGGAAUAAUUCCUCAAGUGAUGAGUGUUCUGUUUGGAAAAAUCGAGACUUUGAAGCAUCAAACCGAAUUCCAGCUCCAUGUUUCCUUCAUCGAGAUUCUGAAAGAAGAAGUGAGAGACUUGCUGGAUCCCUCGUGUCUGCACAAAGCAGAAUCUCCCAAUGGACACUCGGGAAAAGCAAACUUGCCAGGAAAGCCACCAAUACAAAUUCGAGAAUCUUCAAACGGGGUGAUAACGCUAGCAGGAUCCACGGAAGUCACUGUUGGCAGUUUCAAGGAAAUGGCCGCUUACCUUGAGCAAGGAUCAUUGAGCAGGGCAACUGGGAGUACAAAUAUGAACAACCAAUCAAGCCGUUCCCAUGCAAUUUUCACCAUCACAGUAGAGCAAAUGCGGAAAACCAACCCACUCUUUGCUGGAGAUGGGAGUCCUAACGACGGGAUGAACGAUGAGUAUCUUUGUGCUAAGUUGCAUUUGGUAGAUCUAGCAGGAUCCGAGAGGGCUAAAAGGACUGGUUCAGAUGGCUUGCGUUUCAAGGAAGGCAUUCACAUCAACAAGGGGCUUUUGGCACUUGGCAACGUGAUAAGCGCACUUGGGGAUGAGAAAAAGCGAAAAGAAGGUCUUCAUGUUCCUUAUCGGGACAGUAAAUUGACUCGGCUUUUGCAGGACUCACUUGGCGGCAACAGCAGAACUUGCAUGAUAGCUUGCAUUAGCCCUGCUGAUAUAAAUGCGGAGGAAACCCUGAACACUCUAAAGUAUGCAAAUCGUGCUCGGAAUAUUCAAAACAAGCCUAUUGUCAAUAGAGAUCCUAUGUCAAGUGAGAUGCUCAAAAUGCGGCAACAGCUGGAGUAUCUUCAGGCAGAACUUUGCGCCCGUGGAGGAUUUUCAUCCGAUGAAGUUCAGGUUCUCAAGGAAAGAAUUGCAUGGCUUGAAGCUACGAAUGAAGACCUUUGUAGAGAGCUUCAUGUAUAUCGCAGCAGGUGUGCUGCUGUAGAUCCCCGUGAAAUAGAUGCUCAAGACACUAUUAUAUGUUCUGUGAAAGGUGAGGGACUCAAAAGGAGCUUAUGCAGUCUAGAAGCAUCAGACUAUCAAAUGGUUGAAACAGUACAGAGCGAUGCUAGGGAAAUUGAUGAAGAAGUAGCUAAAGAAUGGGAGCACACGCUUCUCCAAAGCACAAUGGACAAGGAGCUGCAUGAGUUGAACCGGCGCUUGGAAGAGAAAGAGUCGGAGAUGAAACUUGUUGGAGGUUUCGACACUGCAGCACUCAAGCAACACUUUGGCAAGAAAAUCAUGGAAAUGGAGGAUGAGAAAAGAGUUGUGCAGCAAGAACGAGACCGUUUGCUUGCUGAAAUUGAAAAUCUCUCAGCUGGUUCAGAUGGGCACGCGCAGAAAUUGCAAGAUGCUCACUCCCAGAAACUGAAGACAUUAGAGACACAGAUUCUGGAUCUGAAGAAAAAACAGGAGAGCCAGGUCCAGCUUUUGAAGCAGAAGCAAAAAAGUGAUGAAGCGGCAAAGAAAUUGCAAGAAGAGAUACAAUCUAUAAAGGCCCAGAAGGUUCAAUUGCAACACAGAAUGAAGCAAGAGGCUGAACAAUUUCGACAAUGGAAAGCAUCUAGGGAAAAGGAGUUGCUUCAGCUACGCAAAGAGGGGAGAAGAAAUGAAUAUGAAAGGCAUAAGCUACAAGCCAUAAACCAGCGCCAGAAAAUGGUUCUGCAAAGGAAAACAGAGGAAGCUGCUGUUGCUACCAAGAGGUUAAAGGAAUUGCUUGAAGGCCGAAAGUCUUCUCCACGUGACAAUGGUCUUUCCAAUGGACAUGUAACCAAUGGACAGAGUAAUGAAAAAUCUCUACAUAGAUGGCUUGAUCAUGAGCUAGAAGUCAUGGUGAAUGUUCAUGAAGUUCGUUUCGAGUAUGAGAAGCAAAGCCAAGUGCGAGCAGCAUUAGGCGAAGAGCUGGCUGUGUUGAGACAGGUGGAUGAGCUAGCUUCAAAAGGAAUAACCCCUCCAAAGGGAAAGAACGGAUUUGCUAGGGCUACAUCCAUGUCACCAAACGCCAGAAUGUCCAGAAUAGCCUCACUCGAGAGCAUGUUGAGCAUAUCAUCUAACUCUCUCGUGGCUAUGGCUUCACAACUUUCAGAAGCAGAAGAGCGUGAGCGCAGCUUGACCUCCCGUGGGCGUUGGAACCAAUUGCGCUCCAUGGGAGAGGCAAAGAGCUUACUUCAGCACAUGUUCCACUCUCUGGGGGAUGCUAGGUGCCAAAUGUGGGAGAAGGAUAUGGAGAUCAAGGAAAUUAAGGAACAAUUCAAAGAACUUGUGAACCUAUUACGACAAAGCGAAACUCGAAGAAAGGAAAUUGAGAAGGAGUUAAGGUUGAGAGAGGAAUCUGUUGCUAUUGCUUUGGCUACAGCAGCUUCGGCUGGCCAUGAACAAGGGACCCCACCCAAUUCACUAAAACACGAUGCUGAUGAAAUGAUGAGCAGUCCCUUGUCUCCAGUAUCUGUGCCAGCACAGAAGCAGCUAAAAUAUACACCAGGAAUAGUGAACGGCCCAGUCCGAGAAUCAGUAGCGUUUAUAGAUCAGUCGAGAAAAAUGGUACCACUUGGCCAAGCAUCAGUGAGAAAACUAGCAGUUGCAGGUCAAGGUGGGAAGCUAUGGAGAUGGAAGAGAAGCCAUCACCGGUGGCUCUUGCAAUUCAAGUGGAAAUGGCAGAAGCCAUGGCGGCUAUCUGAGACAAUCAGGCUCAGUGACGGGACGAUUACAAGGACAAAGCAUCGUGUACAGUACCGAACACGCGUGUCAUGAGCUGUGAGCAACUCGGGUUACUCUCAGCAUAAUCUCUCCAUCUUAGAGCUAUAAGUAUGGUUGUGAUCCACUUCUAUAGGAGGUAAUCUUUUCUUCAAAAUGCCUCUCCAUUCCAUUUCCACACUUCUCUCGUUCAAAAUGUUGACUCAAUGUUCUGACAUACGACAGAGGGAGCGAGCUAUGCUUGUUGCUGAGAAGGACGGGUUGAUUUUGAAAGGAAGCUAGGGUUUUCCUUUGCUGGUUGGAUACUUGUAAUGCUGCUGGGGAGCAUCUUUGUAAAGCAGUGGUUUGUUGAUGCUGCCCCAUGGUCAUAUCUAAUGAAGAUCCGAGGAAAACGCUGUUCCACUGGCGAAUGUUCUGCCAAAUAGACCUAGUACUCAGUUCAAUAACCCAACACUUCCUGAAGGGAAACAAUCUCAUCAGGAUGUCUGCACAAAAAAUGUAGGAGGAAGAAGAAGAUCUCUGCUUUAGUUUGUUUUUGGUCCUAUUACUAGGUGAAGUGUUCUUUUUUCUUUUUGUAUCUCUACCUAAUUUGUCCAUUAUUUUAGUGUGUAAAGCACUGAAGUUGAUAAGCGAAGAUUGGAAUAGGGGAUUCUUUGGAUGAACAGGGAUUUGUAUUAGGAGUGUGUAUAUGUAAGAAGACAACAAUAUAUGCCAUCAUCUUAUGUAUAAAAGGGAAAUUAACUUAAGCAUGUAUUACCUUGUAACCUACUUUGUUUGAGGUUCGUUUAUGAUUUAGAAAUGUAACAAUUAAUCCUUGUGCCACAUCAUUUUGACAAUUAAGUCUCUGUACACCAAGUCCCCUCUGAGUUGACACCUACUUCUAACCAAGGAUUGAAAUACCAUCACUAGUAAGAUAUUUUAUACUAAAUCUAUGAUUCAACUGUUUCAUAUCACUAAAUAUCGCUUACCAAUUUAGCAUUCAAUAUAAGAUUUAUCAAUCCUUGCUUCUAACGGGAUCGGAUGGCUCUAGUUAGGACACCCAGUUCCAGUGCAAGGAAAUGUUCACUGCAAAUUGUAAUUUACUGGGACUUGGUUAAAAUGACAUUGUAAUGUUACUAACAUUGCAAUUUAACCCUUGCACAAAACUUGGAUCCACUGCUUCUACUUGUUCUGCAUCAUUAUAUGGAAUGUAGUAGCACACCAAUUACAACCAAACUUUUAUGUGAAUACACGCCAUGACCCAUA